CCAGUUCCUGCUCUCUCCUGUUUGUUGAGUUGGGAGGGUCAGGUUUAACCUUCACAGACAGAGGAAGGGAUACCUGUACCUGGCAGAGUGUGACACACCUGUAUAGAUGAGAAAGGAAGUAAUACCUGUACUUGGCAGACAGACAUUACCACAGAGGAGAGAUACCUGUACAUAAUGAGGAUAGACCGACCAAUAUAAAGUAAAAGCUUUAAAAAAAAAAAAAAAAAAAAAGGAAAAAAACAAACAACAGAUAUUGAGAGACACCUGUACCUGGCUGAAAGAGACCAGCACAAGAGAGAGACACCUGCACUUGUCAGAAAAAAAGGUACACUUGUAUAAGUGAGGAAGAAACAACAGUAACUGUCAGAUGCAGAGCACAGAAAGAGACACUUGUACCUAACAAGAAGAGAUCAAUACAGAGGGAAAAGGAACAAGCAACUAUGUGCCUCACAAGAUAAACAUUUGUAACUAGGUAACCAGUGGAGUAAAGGUAACAAGUGGAUUUACAAGGCUCCUGUCUGGGAGAGAGUCCAGUGCUGAACAAGGGUAAAGCACUUGUGCUCUCCCUGGGAAUGUGACACAACCCUUGAGGGAUUUAGACACACAGAGGAGACCACGGUAUAUAGUUUCUCCUCCAUCUCAAUGGCAGACUCCUCUCAUAGCUGGUGGAAGCUCACCUUUCUACGCAAAAAGAAAUCUUGCCCCAAGGUUGUGUAUGAGUCAGUGGUGGAGCAUGCGGGAACUGAGAAGGGAGCAGAGGGGAACACAGAUGACAGUAACUACACUGCACGGCUAGAGAAAAUCGUGGACAAAACCACCAAGGGUAAACAUGUCAAGGUGUCCAAUUCUGGACGAUUCAAGGAAAGAAACAGAGUCCGACCAUCUCUUAAUGACAAUCCAGCACUAUACACAGAGUCCCCUGCAGGGCAACAAGGGCAGCCAAACUCACAGGGUAUACACUGAACUUACCCAACUUGUGUUUUUAUCUUCAAAUAGAGCAGUAAGGCACUAUAAUUUCUUUAUGGUUUUCUGAGACCAGCACUGGACAAUUAAGCAUGAAGACAUGCUACUCACUCCAAGUAGGGCAAGAGUACUCUGAUGUCAAAUAAGACUUUAGGAUUCCGUGUUAGUUCAUUGAGCUUACAGUGAUAAAAUUAAGCAUCAGGAUAUGCAAACUGCUCCCCAUAGUAAAGUACUGGAAUACUCAGAUUUUUAUCCAAGCCACAGGGAAAUAUGACAUUGGUCACUCAGGAUGUGCACGGACUCCCUCACUCCCUCCAAGCUUUGUAUAAAUCCCAUUGAUCUCGACAAGGUAGCUGGUACCUCCCUUGUUUUAUGUCUGAAUUUUAUAUAGAAAAUAAGUGUGUAUCACACUGGAGGAAAUACUAAGAUUUCAAGAAAAAGAUCUAAAUCUCCUGCAAAGGUUCUCUGGCGCAUUUUGGGCCUGACUCCAGUCUAAAUAUUUGUAGAUAUCUCAAUUUACCAACACCUGAUAAUGGCAAGGACAUUUGUACGUGACUUUUUACACGUAUAUGUGACUAUAAUGCACAGAUACCAUAUCUGAACUAUUGUGCUUUUGCUCAAGAUAUUUUCAUGUAUGCAGAUACAAUUCUACAUAGUGUAUACAGUAUGUCAAUGCACUCUAUGGAUCCACAAUAUCUAUGAUAGUAAUUGUUUGUAUUUAGUACUCUAUUCAUGAUCUAUACAUUCUGUAUGUAAUCAAACUUUUGUUUGACUUUCAUAGUUUGUAUUCUAUGUCAAACACUACAAUCUCUAUAUUGUACACAUGCAAGUGGGGUGUAAAUUAUUAUAUGUGACUAGACAUCAUAUCCCAGAUCAUGUUCCAGUUGUAAACUUCCAGUUGUAAACACUGAACCCAAAUUUUUCCUUUCAUGAUUCAGACAGAGCAUGAAAUUUUAAGCAACUUUCUAAUUUACUCCUAUUAUCAAAUUUUCUUCAUUCUCUUGGUAUCUUUAUUUGAAAAGCAAUAAUGUAAGUUUAGCUACCGGCCCAUUUUUGUUGAACAACCUGGGUUGUUCUUGCUGAUUGGUGGAUAAAUUCACCCACCAAUAAACAAUUGCUGUCCAGGGUCUGAACCAAAAAUUGACUGGCUCCUUAGUUUAGAUGCCUUCUUUUUCAAAUAAAGAUAGCAAGAGAAUGAAGAAAAAUUGAUAAUAGGAGUAAAUUAGAAAGUUGCUUAAAAACGAAAAAAUUUGGGUUCAGUGUCCCUUUAAGGUCUAUGAAUAUUUUUGCUGACACCACCAGUCAAAAUGACAGUAAAGUCAAAAUUAAACUUUCAUGGUUUUCAGAGCAUAUAGUUUUGAACAACUUUCCAAUUUACUUAUAUUAUCAAAGUUACAUUCUCUUGGUAUUCUUUGUUGAAGGAGCAGAUAUCCACUACUGGGAGUUAGCCACCAAUCACCAGCUAGCGAGGCACUGCUCUUCAACAAAGGACACCAAAAGAACAAAGCAAUUAAAUUAAAAAGUGAUCUAUCUAAAUAUUUAAUGUCUACUGUUCUUUGAAGUUUAAUAUGAAUACUAUCUGUCCUGUGUAUUUAUAACAUUUCCUUUAAUUUGCACAGAUUUUUCUCUCCAUGGAACUUGUAUGUUAAGUUGACCCUGAAUCACAAAAUAGUGAUAUUUAAAGCCAUUAAUACAUACUUGUUUUCUGUGUAAGGGUAUUAGACUUCCUUAAUUGUUUGCUUAGCUCUUCAAACUGGAACACACGCCGAUAGGGUUGCCACCUCGACCAUGUUUUCCUGGACACUUAUGAGUUACACAUGCUGCAGGGUGUGCAGGAAGGAACAUGAAUAGUGCUGUCCAGUAUCACUAAUUGUGUGCAGUUCAGGGGUGCAAUACAUGUUCCUCCCUGCACACCCUGCAGCGUGUGUAACUCAUAAGUGUCCAGGAAAACAGGGAUGAGGUAGCAACCUUACACGCCGCACAAAUGUUCUUCACAAACACCUGUUGAAGUUGAUUGAAUAGAUUGUUGUUGAUGAGUAAUGUUAAAAAAAUCUUAAAAUAAUAAAGGCUACUAAUACUCUUGCAACAACAAAAAAAUAGAAUUAUAAAAGCAUCUUGCUGGGUUGAUGUUUUUAAUUAUAUUUCUAUUGAAUAGCAGAAAAAAAUCUAGUUAAAGGGACAUGAAACCCACAAUUUUUCUUUUUUUCUUUCAUGGUUCAGGUAGAGGCCUCCCUAACAGGCCACAUUUUGAGGAUAUCUGAACUGAACUGGAGCACAGGAGAUAAGUAAACAUGGUUAUUUUACCUGCUCUCACCCAAGGUAAUCCUGAAAGCCUGGCCUGUUUGGGAGGCCUAUGGACAGAUUUGAAAACCAGUGAGCUAGAGCACAUAAUUUAAAACAACUUUACAAUUUACUUUAAUUGUGAAACGUGCUUCCUUCUCUUUGUAUGUUUUGUUGAAGAAGGAUCAAUGCACUACUGGGAGCUAGCUAAAAACAUCAGGUGUACCAAUUACAAUAGGCAUAUUUGUGCAGUCACCAAUUAGCACCUAGCUCCCAGUAGGGCAUUGCUGUUCUGAGCCUACCUAGGUAUUUCUUUCAUGUCCCUUUAACAAGAAGCCAUACUGUGUAUUCUUGGUCUAAAGUGACCCCAUCUUUCUUUGUGGCCAUUUGAUCUGUGACAUUUUGCUGCAUGCAAUAUGCCAUCUUCUAGCAUGGCCAUGUGAUGUGUGCGCUGGACACAUCAUGGUCUGACUGUAUAGCUUUAUUUUAUAUACUGCCUGACCAUUUGAUCCUCCAUGACUGUUUGUGAGGCAUCUUCCUGAAUGUCUGCUUUGGUAUGUGAGGCAUAUUCCUGUUUCCAUUUAAUCUGUGCUUAUAGACAAGUCGCUUGUGCGCCAUGUUGAUGCAUUAACAAUUUAAUGUACCUAGGUGAAAACCUAGUGUCAUAAUGCAGUUGUAAAUGUAACAACUGGUAGUAAUAAGAUAAAAAUUCCCAAUAAGGUUCAUGAACAUGUUUGUUAUUACUAUGAGUCGUUAAUGGGGCAUAGAACCGCAAAAAGAAAAUGCUCCAAUAUGUUGGAGCAUUUUCUUUUUGCAGAAUUGCUUGACUUAUACUUAAAGAGACAGUAAAGUCAAAAUUACAUUUUCAUAAAUCAAAGAAUAUGAUUUUAAAUAACUUUGCAUUUGACUUCUGUUAUUUUUUUUUUUUUUUUAUAUUUUUAUUUGAGGUUCAUUUCAAGGCAUACAACAGCAUAGAAGAAAUUAUUAUGUCACAUGAAGUAAAAUAUCAGGUAACAUUGUGUACAUAUAACAAAAUGGGAGAGUGACAAAUUUGGUAACAAAUAUAUCAUAUGAAACAUCAUAAAAAUGAGAAGCCUGUCUAUCUAGAAAGCUCAUGAAUGACAUCAAAGGCCUUCAAAAGUAGAAGAAAAGUGCAAAAUAACAGAAGGUAAAUUUAAACAUAGGAGAUCACUUUUGGAUCCCAAAUGAUAACCCUCUUUUUUUUAUAUAUAUAAUAGUAAAAGCUUUGAAUGGAGCAGCAUUUAACCCCUACAGCCAUUAGUAGAAGGUUUACAUUCAUUUUAACUAAGACCCCCUUUAGAAUAACUAGAACUACUCGGGGGGAUAUUAGGGGCUCCUGUACAAUAUAUAAUCUCUCACAGGUCAUACUAUGGAUGAAAUAACUAUAGCUAAUAAGCAGUGUUUAAGGUAGGUGUAUGGGUGAGUGUGCCUGGAUGAAUCAGAUGAGUAAAAUAGUAUAUAUUAGGAAGGGGUAUUGAUGUUUACUAACUGAUAUUAAUAUAAUAGCAGACAUAUUUUGGGUUUAAGUAAAUAAUAUACUGAAAUAAGAUAGUACUAGAUGACUGAGUACAUUUGUUGCCCGUGAAAGUUGAUAUAGUUAUGCAGCAAUUUGAGAUUAGAUGUUAAAAUUUGGGGAGUUAAAUACAUAGUAAAAGGUUCUAUCUCGACCCAGCUGUGUAUAUAUCCUUACCAAUUUUCAAGACAAGUCAGUAACCUAUUUCCAGUCAUAUGGUGCACCCAGUAUCAAUAGAACAGAAUAAACUUCCCUCAAUCAAAUAAAGAGGAUCUAUAAGGCACAUAGGUCCACCUUAGGAAUGGGUCCCAUAUAGCAGUUAAAUAUUCACAUUAAGUGAGAUAUUCCUAUUUAAUUCUAUCAAAUUAAAGUGAGCAGAAUAUUUUGUUAUUCCAGUCUCCAGGAAAACAGAAUGUUAACAAUCAUGUAAGUGGGAUCUACAGGAGUAUUCCCGGUAAUGGUCUACAAAAAUGGUGUUAUAGCCGUUAUGAAUGUCUAACAGAAAAUGAGCAUGUUUAAGCUACAAGGUGUAUGGGAAUAGCUCCCCAGUAAGGAUAUGGAUAUAGUUAUAAAGAAAUAUUGCUACAUAUAAUAUAUAAUGAACUUGUGCUGUAUAAAGAAAACCCCCACAAAAGUCUAUCAUGGAAUAGCAUGGAAAAAAAAGUUCAAUGUCUGACAUAUAUUGCAAACUGGUAAUGGUCAUACUGUCCUUUAUCAAUGCUUAUUCAAUAUUUUGGGACUAUUUAGCAGAUUAUCCCACUACAGACUUUAUGAUCCCAACAGUCUGUAAUGUCUGCUUUUGCCAUUGUGCAUACUGGAAUAAUGACUGUCUGGUCAUGUUGACGAGAUACCUGGGAGAAUUAUGCCCAGGCAUUACCAAAGGGCUUUUGGUCUCAGUGUAUGACAGAUCCACAGUUCUCUGGUGCCACUCAGUGGCAUCGCGGCUCAUGCCGUCGGCUCGAGAAGCCUUCUCAAACAUAGUAUGGACCUUUAUGUCGCAUCUGUGCCUCCUGGCCCUAGUCUUGGAGUUGCGAUCACCGCUGGAAUAAAAUGUCUCCAGGGAACUCGAGAUCUCAGCUCUCAGCCGAGUAAGCCAGCUCUGUUAUUUAAUCUGCCUUGUUCUAAUGGUAUCCUUUGUUGACGACCAUACCUAGGGAGGCUCAGGAGCAGCAACGCACUACUAAGAGCUAGAUGGUAAUGGUUGUGGCUGCAGCUAGCCCCAGUAAAGAAAUGUUGCUCCUUCACCAAAGGACACCAAGAGAAUGAAGCACAUUUGAUAAUAUAAGUAAAUUGUAUGCUCCAACUUAAUCAUGAAAUAAAAAAUAGUUUCAUAUCUUUAAAAACAUAAUUAAAUUCUGCUCCAGAGCUGCAAUACACUACUGAGAGCUCACUUUUUAAAAAAGCAAAUGUAUGUAUCCUCUUUGGCAACAUGGCACUACUGGGAGCUAGCUGGUGAUUGGUGGAUACUCACAUUUAUCUAGUGAGCCAAUGACAAACAAAUGUGUGUAGCCACCAAUAACCAGCUAGCUCCCAGUAGUGCCUUGCUGCUGCUGAGGAUACAUACAUAUGCUAUUCAACAAAGGACAUCAAGAGGAAAAAGUCAAUUUGAUAAUAGAAGUGAAAGUAAAAGUGUCUUAAAGUUCUAUCCUGUAUUAUCAUGUAAGUCUUUAUCAUCUUCCUAUGUGACCACUUAAUCAAUGUGCUCACUUCAGCUGAUGUUCUUGUCUGUGUACUAUCUUCCUAUGUGAUCACAUUGACCAGUUUAAUAAUGUGUUAUUUUUAAAGCAUGACCAUUUCCAUCUAGUAAUUUGCCAUUUCAUUUUGUGGGACACGACCUUGUUUAAAUCUGUGUGCUAAAUUACACCAUGUUCUGUGCAUUAUGUUUCUUAAAGCGACAGUCAAAUCAAAAUUAAACUUUGAUGAUUCAGAUAGGGCAUGCAAAUUUUAACAACUUUCAAAUGUACUUUUAUCAUCAAAUUUGCUUUGUUCUCUUGGUGUUCUUUCUUGAAAGCUAGACCUAGGCAGACUCAAACUGAUUUCUGAACAGUUAAAGGCUACCACUUAUGUCUGUGAAUUUUGACAGUUUAUCACAGCUGAUAGUGUUAAUUUGUCUGUCAAAAGAACUGAAAUAAGGGGGCAGUUUGCAGAGGCUUAGAUACCCCAAGGCAGAACAUAGAGUGAUCUGAGAUGUCAUCCCAGAAAAUGCAGCAUGUCUGCAGAAAGAACAGCACUUGAAUUUUUCAGCGCUGCUCCACAUUAGGCUGUUCUUUUUAAACAAAGCUGUUCUCUGGCUGCAUUGUAUAAGUUUUCCUUAACACAGUGCAUCCAGAGCAAAGUGCUGUUUGAAGACAACAGUCAAAUAUGCAGUAGUGCUGCAAAGCAGCAGUGCAUUGAUUGUUUGGCUCUCCGAUUUUUGCAAGCUCGUUCCCUAGCUUUUCACAGUCUGCAAAGCUGUUUUUCUCUGACUGUAAGAGGUUUGUAUUAGCAAUGCACCUUUUUUAUUACUACAUUUCUAUGUUAGACUAAGAGGAAAGGAAACAAAUUAAUUCAAGAGACAUUUUAUAAUUACUUUUUUUUGUCUGCAGCUAAUUUGUAAUUCAAUUUUAUUUCAUUUAAAAAUGACCUGCAGAAAAAUAUUCACUAAAAAAAUUUCAUCGCACAAAGUGAAAAAAGUUCUGUCUCUGGGCUUAGAUACAAGGUAAUCACAGAGGUAAAAAGUGUAUUAAUAUAACAGUGUUGGUUAUGAAAAACUGGGGAAUGGGUAAUAAAAGGAUUAUGUAUCUUUUUAAACAGUAACAUUUUUCAAGUAGACUGUCCCUUUAAUGGCAUUUUGUGCCUCUCCUCCUGUGUUGCACCUCACUUGGUUACAUUCUUCAUAUGCAGAGCUUUGGCUUGUGAGUCUAUACCGCCUCUUCAUGUGCAUCACUUUAGUGUUUGUUGUGCCAGCUGUGGGAAUAACCUUGUAUACCACUUACCAUAGAAAUCUGUGCUAUUUGAGCAACUUUCCUAUCUUUUCUUUAACAUUUAUCUUGCUUCUUUGAUACGUUGCAUGUUAUGACCCCAUUUUCUGUGUGCCACAAUAUUUUAUUUGCCUUGUUACUUUGUGCCAACUGUUGGUUUGCUCCUUGGUGCUAUUGUCCCCUUCAAAAACGACUCCUGUUUCUGUAAAAACUUUAUUCAUCUGCUUUUUCUGCUUGUACUUUGAGGUUAUUCUGCACUGACAUGUGUAACCUACUGAUCAGUGACAGAUCUAUAUAAAAAAUGAAGUUUAUAAUACUCAGGCAGGUUUAUUUCUGCACAAUAUUCAAAUAGUAGUAAAACAAGACCUAACUGCAUCUUCUAUAUAAAUACCCCCCACCAUCCUUUACUCACCCUGGAAUGGAAAGAGGACUGUGAUAAACUCAAAUUAAUAGGAAGUUUAGGCAAAACAGGAUUUCCAAAUUUAAAAACAAAACAAAAAAAAGUAAUCAAAGAUGUAAAGUCAGCUAGACUAUUACCAUGAAGAGAUAAUCAGACCGGCAACAAACAAAUAUAAAUCAAACACUAGGCAGCAGUUGCCAGCAAUUUCACAGAUUCUGGAAUUCAGGAGAAUUUAAGACUUUUGUGUUGUAAUGAUAUAGAUUAUUAGCCAAGUCUUAACGUUUUUAAAAUAAGUUAACGUCCUUUUCACUACAUUUAUUUUUCAACAGCCAAACUCCACCUUUGCCUUAUUUGGAGGAGCAAAUCUUGGCUUUAGUACACAGACAACUAGGCUAGCCAUGGCCAUAAAGUUAGUAUACAAUGCUUUGCUUUGUAGUUAUUAUGUGAUAAAUCCAAUUAGGGAAAGGUAUGUAGUAGGGUUAGCCUUGAUAUGCUGCAUUUCAAGUUCUGAGAAUUAGUAAUGGUUCAAUGUUCAGAGCUAAAUUACAAGAAAAAGAGACAAAAUAAAUAAUGGAAAUAUAUUGCAAAGUAGUUCAUUCUGCCUAACUAAAAAUUUUAUAUAAAAAUCUUAAGGUGUUUACCGUCCCUUUGAACAUCUGUUAACUAAAGUCUUUGCUUCCUGUAUACAAAUAUAGUUUGCCUAGAUACUUCACACUAAUAUAAGAAGUGUUAACAAAAUGCCUUUUAAACAUAAAAAAAUAUAUUUUACAACUAUAUUUUGCAUGUUCUUUACGGUACGUGUGCCUCACCUAUGUGCCAGCUUUGUUCGAAACCCUCUCCUCAUUGAGGUCACCCUCUUAGGUGAUCACAAUCAUAACGCAUUUUUAAAGAACACUUUAUUUUAAUUGAUGUGACAAAGUUUAUUUUGAAUUGUUUCCACAGUGCUUCCUGCAUAUCAUCUACCUACCUACCUGUGUGACAUUAGUCUAUCAUUUUUUAAAAGCAGGUCAUGGGUGCAGCCACUCCUCUGCACGCGUUUAUUGCUGUCAUAUUCUGCUUGCUUUAUAUUUGCACAAGGUGUUCCUUGUGAUUCAUGUGUCAUCCUUACUUGUCACGUCCACUCUAACACAACAUUAAAAAUCAUGAUCUUGAAAAUUU